UCUCCCCAGCCUGCAAGAUGGGGAAUAGUUUCUCCAAUUUGGCCGCCUUCCAGUCCUUGCACAUAGUCAUGCUCGGACUGGACUCUGCGGGCAAAACCACUGUUCUGUACCGGCUGAAAUUCAACGAGUUCGUGAACACGGUUCCUACCAUCGGCUUCAACACGGAGAGGAUCCGGCUUGGUGGCGCGGGGGCAUCCAGGGGCAUCAGCUGCCACUUCUGGGACGUCGGGGGCCAAGAGAAGCUGCGGCCCCUGUGGAAGCCCUACAGCCGCUGCACGGACGGUAUCGUGUACGUGGUGGACUCCGUGGACGCCGAGAGGCUAGAGGAGGCCCGGACCGAACUGCACAAGAUCACCCGGUUCUCCGAGAACCAGGGGACCCCGCUGCUGGUCAUCGCCAAUAAGCAGGAUCUGCCCCGGGCGCUGGAUGUUGGGGAGAUCGAGAGGCAGUUGGCUCUGGCCGAGCUGAGUCCCUCCACCCCGUACCACGUCCAGCCGGCCUGCGCCAUCAUAGGAGAGGGGCUGGAUGAGGGUAUGGACAAGCUGUAUGAGAUGAUAGUGAAGAGGAGGAAGUCACUGAAGCAGAAGAAGAAGAGACAGUGAUGGCAGAUUUUGGAAGGGGAUGAUGGGGAAAAGAAGCUAUGAUUAAUCCCUGUUAUAGAAAUAUUAUAGGUUGGAUUCUAGUGAUAUUUUUACAGUGAUACGUAGCAGAUAAACACAUCAUGAAGCAUAAAUAUCAUUGACAACCACAGAAACAUUGCAAGUCUCAGUAUAUGAUGGGAAAAUAUGUAUAGUGAUGCCACAUCAGCUAAAAAUACCAGAACUGUCACUACAAUUCAUUAGUAUCCAUGUGUUCACAUAGGAAUGAUAUAGAGGGACACAGCUAAGAUAAAAAUGUCUGAACUUCAUUUAUCAAGAUCUUAAGUUGCAGAAAAUAACUAGAUGAUCUUAUGACAUGAUCACCAAUUAUAUAAAUUAAUAAAAUAAUCAUAAUAAUCCCAAAAUUAUGGGAAAAUAUUGAUGGUUUACCUUGAUUAAUGACUGUUGUA